GUAAUCCUAAAGUCUAAUAGCUGUCCAAAAUGUUUUGGUUUAGUAAAUAGGCAUGCCCAUUUAAUUUUUGACCCUUAGUGCUUUGUUUGUUGUGCACAUGGAAAUAAAAUAGCGAAUCACGAAAGUUUGGUUUGGUUGGUUGCAUGAAAGUAUAAAUAAUUUUGUUGUAAAAUAAAAGUAAAUAAUUUUGAAACCAAACCAAACCACAUUAACCGAAUAAGCUAAAUUUUAACCAAAUCAAACCAAUUAUCCAAAUUAACUAAACUAAAUUAACCAAAUUCUACCGAUUAAUAUUGUAACUACAGUAACCAAUCCGUUUGAACACCCCUACCCGUGUGUUCGGGUUUUGUUGCCAUUCCGAGUUCGGUUGGACUAACAUUCCCUGCCCUACUUGUAAUGCAACCCCUGUCCGAGGCUAUGGCGAUUGGCGUCAAAUGGAAUGGACCAUCGUCUGGAAAACGUGUGCGGCGGUACGUGUUCCAUGGCUUCAGAACUCUCCUACUCAUUAAUUAUGACUUAUGACUGACGACUGACUACUCGACCCGAAGCAAUGGACAAACACAGAGAGAAUUUCAAAUUUCAAUACAUUCUACUGCUGGUGGUGGAAGAAUCAAAAAGCUUCUCCUACUGCCUCUGCUAGGAGGAAGAUUAAAUAGCAGAAAAGCUCUCUGUUUCUAAUUCUGCUCCUCUGCAUAUUCGGUUGACCUGUUGUAUUCGGUGAGUGUUUCUUUAAACAGUUGGUCGGUUUGUUGGUGAACGAAUACUUUAAUAAUUAUCAAGUAAUGUUUUUUUUCGUUCUUUUUUCUGGGGGUGGUCUUUGUUCUUUCUCCAUUGGGGAUUCGGAGCGCUCUUAUUUUGUUUACUUCUUGAUUCUAAAUUUGCCAUUUGGGUUUCCUCUCUCUUGUCAGUCGUCACCAUUAUAGCCGCCCAUUUCCUUCCCCUCCUCUUGUUGCUCAAUUAUUCUUGACUUGGCUUCUUUCUUUCUUUCUUUCUUUCUUUCUUUCUGAGGCUCUAAAGAAACCAAUUUUCUCCAGUCCCCUGUUUCCCCAUUUCGAAAGGGUAAGCAUAGCAAAACAGCUAGCUUUCCACUAUACUCUGUUUUCUCCUUUUGUCCAUUUUCUUCUCCUUUUUCUCCGUGGUUAAUUGCUUACUUGCUCAGGUUAGUUGAAUGUCCUUAAGUGGGUUGUUGGAAAUUGGACUAGUGGGGAGGAAGAGGAACUGAGGAAGUUGUUAUGCAAUGAUUAAUAAUGAGUGCUUUGAUAAAUUGGGGUUUGUCUUUUGUGGGUGGGGAAAGCUGAGAAUUGGAUUAGGUGGAAGAUAAUGUGUAGAAUUAUUCUUUUUAGUUCAUAGUUUCAUAUUCAGACUGUUGAAGCCUUAAAGCGCUUGCUGCUGCUAUUGCUGGGUUUUCUCACAUUUGCGCAAUUUGGGUUUCUUGCUGUGGAAUUUCGAGUGGUGAUCAGGGUUCAAAUGGAGGAGAGGUAUGAGCCUAUCAAGGAGCUUGGUUCAGGGAACUUCGGCGUGGCGAGGCUGGUGAAAGAUAGGAAGACUAAAGAACUUCUUGCUGUGAAGUACAUCGAAAGAGGGAAAACGAUUGAUGAGCAUGUCCAGAGAGAAAUCAUCAACCACAGGUCUUUGAGGCAUCCAAAUAUCGUGAGGUUCAAAGAGGUUUGGCUGACUCCAACACAUCUGGCCAUCGUCAUGGAAUAUGCAGCCGGCGGAGAACUGUUUGCAAAGAUAUGCAGUGCUGGACGUUUCAGCGAAGAUGAGGCUAGAUUUUUCUUCCAGCAGCUAAUAUCUGGAGUCAGCUACUGCCACUCCAUGGAGAUAUGUCACAGGGAUCUGAAACUUGAGAACACGCUUCUGGAUGGAAGCCCUAGUCCACGUCUUAAAAUAUGUGACUUUGGUUACUCAAAGUCUGGUCUAUUGCAUUCACAACCCAAGUCGACGGUGGGAACUCCAGCAUAUAUCGCCCCGGAAGUCCUAUCACGGAAGGAGUAUGAUGGGAAGAUUGCAGACGUUUGGUCAUGUGGUGUGACGCUCUACGUGAUGCUUGUCGGAGGAUACCCUUUUGAGGAUCCUGAUGAUCCAAGGAACUUCCGCAAGACCAUUGGGAGAAUAAUGAGUGUCCAGUACUCUAUCCCAGAUUAUGUACGCGUUUCUGCAGACUGCAAGCACCUCCUUUCUCGUAUUUUUGUAGCCAAUCCUGCAAAGAGGAUCACCAUUCCGGAGAUAAAGCAGCUGCCUUGGUUCCUCAAGAACUUGCCCAAGGAGCUGGUCGAGAUCGAGAAGACUAACUUCAGCGAAGCAGGCGGCUGUGAGCAACCAGCUCAGAGCGUGGAGGAGAUAAUGCGUAUCAUCGAAGAGGCGAAGGUACCAGGGAAAGGUGCCAAAGCUGGCGGCGAGCAAGCUACUGGCAGUGGUGCUGGGACGUCGGAUGACUUGGCAGGUUCCUUGGAACUGGAAUCUGACCUUAGCGGUGACUAUGUAGCUCAAGUGUAAGCAUUGCGGGCAGCUGCAGACUUUUGGGUCAAUACUUUGGAUUCCUUGAUCAUGCCAUUAAGACACUCUUUCGUGUAAAUUCCAGUUGCUCAAUGUCUUUGCUUUCUGGAUUUGGGUUCAUGGAUUGGUUUGUGAUAACAAAUCCAAAUGUCUCGAUGGUGCCUUAGGAAACCAUUUCUGUGCCAAGGGAAAGAAGGCUACUAUUGUAUCUUAACAUGUAUGUGCAGUUAUUAUGAUAUUUCAGAUCAAUACGGUUCGAUUCGGUUCCAAUCAUGCAAGACUUUUCAUUUCGAUUCAGUCCCAUCUCAAUUUUGACAUCUUCAAAAAAUCAAUCAGACUGAAGAGUUUAGAUGCAACACAGUCGAGUCUGAUGCGUUUUUCAAUCCAGUUUUGGUCCUCUUCCCUUCAAUUUCAAUCCGGUCUUGUGCCAGUGCAAAUUGAACCGGUCAAGACAGAGAACGGGUGACUUAGAUGCAGAAGAACUUACAUGAACCGGUGGACCAAACCGAAUCAACGCUGACCAUUGCC